ACAUAGGUUGGGGGUCGAUAAAUUUCAAUCAAGACCUACAUAUUAUAUUCCCGCGGUAACCGAGCAAGCCCACCAUACCGCAGCUGUGCUAAUAUUCCCCGUGAUUAAAGUCCUAUGUCUCUAAAUCGGAAGUGCAAAUGCGUACGCUUUCCGGUGAUCUCGGUUGCAUGUACCGACUACGACAUGUCGGCCAUAGAUACAACACCUAUCCCGUGGCACGCCUAACCCUCAAUACGCAUUGAAAAUUUUCAUGGAGACGAAUUCUACCGUGUACCGCCCUGGUUAUUGCGCUUUUCUCCCGCGUUCAAGAUGUGUGUGUGUGCCAGAAGCGGGAUGAACAGAGAUGUUUUGAGCCUCUUGCCGUUCUCGGCUUCCGUUUUCCCUUCCUGGAGCAGCGCUUUUGGCAAUGCCACCGCAGCUACAGUACCGUCCCCCCCUCGCCCUCUAUGUCGGCCGACGACGUACCUCACUCGACCCGUAAACAUAAAUACCUACAUAUUCCGCCCUCCUGCUUACGGAUCGUGGUCGAAUAGAAUAGCGCGUGUUUUAGACGGACGGGUGUCUCCUUUGUCCCCCCCGUCCCUGGGCUGUGUGGGGCGCGAGCGAUACCCGCGCAUUCCAGACCCGGCUCGGGGAAGGAAGAAUAAAGAAGGCAACGAGGGCGCGGAGCUGGGAGGCGGAGGGGGGGAAUACGAGGACGUGCUGUUGGCGGUAGGGUGGAGGACAGGACGGAUAGAUGGCUGGCCCCGCGAUAUGUGUGCGGGUGUUAUGUUGAUCCUGUUUGGAGCCUGUUUCCCCCCCGAAGGAGAAUGAACGAGACGAAUGUGAUAGGAGGUCGCGAACCCAAAUUGAUAUAUUUAAGUCCGUUGAGCCGGGACCCCGUAGUCCCCUUCCGCUAUGAGCGAGAAACGGGGUUCC